AUGGAAAAGAGUCCUUCAUCAUCACCACUAGCAUCAACAAAUACAAAACGUUCCUUUCAGCGAAAAAAACUUCAAUAUCAAGAACGAAUUACCGAACAACAACUUCCAUCAUCAUCUUUCUUAACAGCACCAGCAUCAGCACCAACAGCAGCAACAACAACAACAACAACAACAGUAACAACAUUAAUGCCUAAUUAUUUAACAACAGAUAGUAUUCGAAAAGUAUCCCCAUCAAAUAUAUCACACAAUUUCGGAGAUAAACAAAUAAAGAAAAAGUUUCCAAACAUUGUAUUUCUUUUCUUUUUCUCCCCUUUUCUAAAUUUAUCAAGUAGUAGACAUGUUAUUAUUUAA